AUGUCGUCAAUUCAAGACAACAACAUGACUACGAUUGGAUCUAGCGAACCUGAUUACACAUUAGGAUCCCAUCCAUCAACAUCUACUCUCGAGAGAAGUCUAAAUUCGGAUGACAGUAUGCAUAAUGUUCCCUCGCUCAGAACGGAUACGCUGAGCUCGCUAUCAGGAAGGGAUGAUCCAUCGAACAUUGAAGAAAGACCAUCGGAACGAGACAAGCUCUACAAACACACACAAUCCGUGAUGACCGCGACCAAACUCAAAGAGAUGGAGAUUCGUGGAACACUUGUCCGACCCCUCAACGCCAAGAAGUUGAUGGUUCUGAAAGAAGUCAAAGUUCAAGAAAUGUUUUCUUUAAAUACGGCGUCCCUUUUGUCAAUGAUUUUAUCGAAAUCGGACGGAGAGUUGAGAAGAGGAAUAUUGGUUGAAGGCAACCAUCGUGUUGCCACAAUCAUGAAAAACGAUUAUGAUCUAACCGGAUCAUUCGAUUUUCGAAUCCCGAUGUCAUUGUAUGAGAUUGAAGACAGAGUUUUCGAUGAGGCGUGGACACAUUGCCAAGAACUGAAAGUGUCUGACAACUCGCCGGACCGUUCUCGAGUGUCUCUGGAAAAGAUCCCAACUACAAUUCUCAAUAUAGCAAUGAUGGAGCACUGGAGUGGGGAACGCCGAAGAAAUGAGAAAAUCAGUCGAGAAGAUACAGUUGUCUUCAUGCUCCGUUAUCUGCAGAAGACUGUGAGCGACAAGGAAAUCAAGACGAUGCGGGACCACCCUCACCAGAGAAGUAAAUUUUGGAAAAGUCUCGAAAAACAAGGCUUGAUCAUGGCGUCGGGAAAUUUCUACUUGUCAAUGCAACCACUAUACUUUUUACUAAUGAUGCCUGCUACUCAAAAAGUUUGUCUCGAAAAAUUCGCGAAAGGAAAAUUCCUGAAGACUAACAGACUUUACGUCACGGCAUGUAACGCCAGUUUGAUUGACGAUCAUGCAGUUGCCAAUGCCAUCUCAGAAUAUCCACCAAUAACUGCGGAGACACUUCAUGAGCGGCUUCUAAAACUUACAAAAAAGGCUAUUGGAAGGAAAGACUCUGGAUUCAUUGUUCACGAGAGCAUUGAGCAGAUCGAUAAUGGAGCUCGUUGUUUCUUCUAUCGCAGAGUACCGAUGGAGAAGGUUCAGCUAAUGAUAACCAAGUCCCUCCAAGUCUUGAUCGCGGAGCCUACACAAGAUUCGCUUCAACUGUAUGCAAGAUGGAGUGCUGAACAAAUUGGAAUCCGAACUGUUUACAAAAGUGCUUAUGGUGGGAAAAGAGGAAUGCUCUCAGAAAUGAUGAUGAUGGGACCGGGAUUCCUCGGUGUAGAUGGUGAAAAGCCGAAAGCAUCUUCAAAAGUCGAAGACAUCUUUCGGAUGCAUUUUUCGGGUGAGACGGAGUUUUCAGUGCACGUCGUCACCGGAUUCUACGAAAUGACUAAUUGA